UUAGAUAGACCAAUUGGGUUUUUUUAAACACUUUAUUCUGUCUUGAACCCAAGGCAAAAAGCUUUUGUUUUAUCGAUUGCCUCGAAGAAAACCAGUAUUCAGUGGAAAGAAAAAGACUUUUGAAAAAAAGAAUCAGAUUGUGAAUAGGUUGGCCUAUGUUAACGAUAAGUAUACAAGACAAUGGCAAAGAGAUAGAGGCAGUUGUAACUCAAGCUGACACACUUCAUAAGAUCUUAUGACGUUGGCAAUACCCUUGCUACUAAAGUCUCCUCAGUAACAAGUACCAUCGCAUUGGCUGCGAACAAGACUUCGUGCUCCAUCAUCAUUAAAUAUCUACAAUUGCUUGCUUCCUGAAGGACUUCRAAACCCAACAACAACAACAGAUCAGGGUUGCUCAACCGAUUUCCCGUUCAACCCAGUAACUACUCUAACCACUGGAAUUUUUUUGUCUUUCCAAAUAAACUCUAGAAUAUUCUUCACCAAGUCUUGCUGUAACUUAGAGGAUCGUCUUAUAUGAUUAUUAAUGAGGUCAGUGACGUCAUGAAACUUUUUCUCCUAAGGUUGUUUCAAGGUGCUUGAGUUAAUUGUAGCAGGUGUUGCAUUAAUCAGCAGUAAUCGGGCAAAACUUGAGUAUCCUCUAGUGAACGCAAAGAAGAGAUUCGAAAUAGGAGGAGUGUUAGUGAGCGGUUAAAAACCAGGGCUGAAAAUCUGGAUCACCAUUUCAACAAUCCCGAGGAACUUUGAGCAAUAUUUUCAGACUUCGGUGUAUUUUACUCAAAAAAUGAUGGCUAAUGCAACGAAUGGAACUGGUACACAUAUCCUGAAUUUCGAGAAAUGGUACGGAUACAUGUUUGCGGGCUUGUACUGUAUCAUCAUCAUAGUUGCAACGCUCGCAAAUAUUAUUGUUUGCUGUGCAAUUGGCUUCAACAGAAAACUCCGCAGGAAUCCUACUUAUCUGUUUAUACUCUCACUGGCUUUCUCCGACUUGGUAACUGCAGUUUUUGCCAUGCCAUUUGAUGCAGAAAUUCUCAUCACAGCCGGAAAAUGGCACCAUGAUGAAGCUCUAUGCAAAGCUUGGAUAGUUGCUUAUCUUCUUACAGUCCCUACUUCCAUCAAUACUCUUCUUGCUCUGAGUGUCGAUAGGUACAAAACACUGAGCGAUCCUUUGAAUCGCUUUCGGAGAUCUCGCUUCAUGACCCGCAAGAGAGCUAUAAUCAUCAUAAUUUUCCUGUGGGCAUAUUGCUUCAUCGUAGCCAUUUUACCCGUAGCAGAUGUUUUCUCUACUUUACCGUUCAUCUACGAGGAAAGCUGCUUGUUUCCAUUGCCAAUUCUCUUCAGUGCCAUCACUUCAUUCACGAACUUUGUGAUACCUCUGUUGCUAACUUGUGCCAUUUAUAUCAAGAUCUACCAGAUCGCACGGCUUCACCCAUUACAGCAACAGAGAAUCUGUUCCAGCACUUUUGGACGACCCAAAAUCCACAAGGAAUACAUGCAUAACAUAAGGGCUGCCAAAACAAUUUCCUUGUUCGUGUUCGUGUUUGUUUUCUGUUGGGUUCCAUAUAGUACUGUCUCAAUCAUCGGUAACUUAUGCGAGUCAUGUUUCUUCAGUAUACCUCCUCACGUAUAUCCACCACUUCUAUUGCUUGGCUAUCUAAACUCAGCACUUAAUCCUUUUCUUUUUUCUUUCCGUAAUCGAGCAGUCAAGAACACUUUAUGUGGGAUCUACGACUGCUUGAGGAUAAGAAAGUCAGUCAGUGCUAUCUCACGAAGCCUCAAUUCUAUUGCAAAGCGAAGUGAACUACCUGAUAAUGAGAGCAGCACGGUGGUGCGAAUGUUCUCCAUGAGGAGCUUCAGUGGAAGUCGUAGCGAGACCUCACCCGAGCCCAACCAAAACGAAACAUACCCUAAAGAUUUACAAAAAACUGACAGCAUUGCAUCAACGAGCAGAUCUAGAGAACCUUUGAGUUGCAAUGAUAAACUACAGUUACAGGUAGAGCUGCUAGAAUCCUCGUGUCCACAGGGAAGAGAGAAACAGAGUUACGGUGAAUAUAAUACUCAUCUAUGAAAUACUGAGUGAACUGAAUAAGUUGUUGUAUGCUAAUAAUAGAUGGUAGAUUUGAACAGGGAAACAUCUUCAAGUGCACAUUGCGGAAUGACACCUAUUAUUGAUGGAAUACCGACCAUUCAAAAUACAAGGACACUAAAACAUGACUUGAUUAAAGAGAUCUCCGAGGACUAAUCGGGCUGGUGGAGAGGAAAAGAAAACUAAAACAAAUAUGAUCUACAGGAAAUAGAAAAACRUCUUGAAUAAAAUAAAUAUUUAACAAAGGAAAAGACCAAGGAAAUGAAAAACUGCGGAAAAAAGGCGGUCAGGAUGGCCAGAAAGCAAAAAAAAAAAAAGAUAGCGAAUAAUUAUUGAUGAAAUGAUGAAGCUUAAUCUAAAUGUGCGUGGCAUGGAUUUGUUACGCUACAGGAUAUCUAAGAAGAGGGGCCAGACUUGUUCAGAGAUAGUGCAAGGACAUUUACCGAUAAACCCUCAAACAUUAUCCAGCAUGUCGCGCAUAUUCACAUUGGCUUGGUUAAACUUUGUACUCAAAGAACAGAGGCGAUAGAAAAAUAAGAUAAAAACCAAUUAAUCUUUGAUUGCGCAUGUGAGGAAUUAAAGGCUUAAGGCUUGGAAAAGGUAAGGCCUUUUUAGUGAGCAACAAUAGGAUUACCGUUACAAUGUUCACAUCCCACCAGAAAGACUAAUGUUUUUGAUAAGUAGGUCCAUCCUUAAUGGCAAAUCCACUUAUAGCCAGUGGGAUAAGAUCAAAAAUACCAGUUCUUGCUAAUGCACAAUAUCGUAUCAUACUUCUAGCUGAUCUGAUAAAAAGUGUUAACCAAUCACAUUCGAGAAAAUUUGCAAAACUAAGGUGUUGAUUUUCUUUUCCCUUGAAAUUAUGGUUUCUCUAAGACACCUGCAAAUAGUUCAGACCUUCGCCGUGGCUCUAAUGAUCGCGUAAAAUGGUAUUAUUUAGAGACAUUAAACAUAUAGGGCCACAGGUUUAUCACGUGUAACCUUCUCGUUUAUUAAUGAGUUAUAUAUUUUUAUAGCAAUGACGGGCAUGUUUUGAUUUUUUCGCCGGUCAACAGUUUUCGCAGGCUUCAUGACCCCUCAUAUCAGUUUCGUAGUGACUGCAUGAUUUCUACAUCACCAUUUCAUAUCAGCUGGGUACGACACCGAUUCUAAAAUAAUGUGUAUAGUCUAUGAGCGGGAAGGUCCAGGUGCUGAAGGUACUAGUGUAAUAAUGGACUGACCUGGUGAAUGGCGCCAGUUUUGAUCACGAGCGUACGUGCGAGGUUCACAAACAAAAAAUGAUAUAUAUGACUCACCCAUCAAAGUAGUCGAUCUUUUCAUGAUGAAGUGAGGUGUAUUAAAAGCUUAUGUCAAAGAGUACGGAGCGUCGUCUGUUAAAAAAAUCAACAAAAAAGAAAAAAAUUAAUUGCCGCGUUUUGAGUGAAAAAAGGGCAAAGUCACUAAGAUUAUACAUCAGAUAAGCUAAGUACUUUAUGCAAAUCAAGUAGUUGAAAGCUCUCUUAAGAAGAAAGCUUAUACAUUACUGUGGGUGUUAAACAUAACUCAGUUAGGUUUCAUUUUCAAAACGUUUUUACGUCGCGCCACAAAAAAAAAAAGGGAAUAAAGCCUUUUCCUUACCGGAAUCAUUGGCGCAAUGUAUCAUGGGAUUUCAAUCCGGUGGAAAAGGGUUCAAAAACCACAUUGAUAAAUAGUGUUAACUUGAAGUUAUGUUAUUAGUUACUGUAAUGCUGUACUGCGGAUAAGCGUUUUUUUUUUUUUGUUUUUUUUUUUUUUUUUGUUUGAUAAAACUUUCUCUAAAACAAGCUAUAUAAGAUAACCCAACGAGAAAAACACCAGCCAAAAUAACUUGGCAACUAUCGAUAAGACCAAAAUAGCACUGACGAGAACAUUGGCUCUAUUUCUUUCUUUAUCCCUCGGGAGAUCAUUAUAACAUAGAUGAAAUUCAAACAAUCUUAUUCUCGACAGAAUGGCACCUUUCGUCCAAGUUUAAAGGUUCUAUAGUAGGUUCUAAAAAUUUAUCCGCUUUCCUGUACAUUUGAAGGACUGAUGUACUUACUUCACUUAACCCACUUAGGGCUACUUGGCUUAGUAGUCAAGCUUAGUCCUAUUUUUGGUUGCGCACUCAUGCAAGCCAUUUACGGAGAUGAAAUAAGACGCUUGAGGCGCUGGUUGAGACAUAACAAAGAAUUUAAAGUUUUUCGAAACAAAAAUAAUACGAAAAUGAUCAUUAUGGUCUUUACUCACGCGGCUGCCAUAUUGAUUGACUGGAACAAUAGAAUUCAAGUGCUUGAGAAUAUAUAAAUUUAUGUGGGUUAAACAAUGGUUUUUAUUCUCAUGAGAAAAAACAUGGCUUCUGCGUGAGUAAGGCCCAUCCUAUUAAAUUAUGAUAUUUUUUGCUUCAGUGUCUGUAGUUUGGAUCGGAUUGCGCAACCUUGAAAACAACAAGGCAGGUACUUCAAAAACAGGUGCUCAGCUUCAUAAGAAAUACUAUACCAACAGUCUCAUAAGAACACUAUUUCUACUCCUAAUCUGUAUUAUCAAGAAAAGAUAUUAUGCACGCGGCGGUGAUGAAUCUUGAAUAAUUCCUUGCCCUGCUGAUUAGAUUACACGUAACAUUUGAUCAAAUCUUAAUUGAUAUACCACAGAUUUAACUGUUCAUAAAUAAUCCACUAAAACUACUUCAACUUUCUUUAGUAUCGAUAAGUAUUUUGCAACGUAGGUUGAUAAAAACUCCUUCCCAGUAACGAGUCACCCUCCCCCCCUUUCUAACCCCACAUCAAAUAUAUAAAUAUUGCUUUAUGAUUUUAAAGUCCAAAUAUUUGAUUGUAAUGAAUUAAUAUAGCUGUAAAUAUAUGAAUAAGAAAAUAAAUUAUAAUAAGGUUUAGCGGUGUAUAAUAAUUUCGAUAUAGUCAAUAUCAAUAGUAAAUUAGACACUAGAGAUAGCGGAGGUAGUAUAUCAUGAGAUUGGGGUAAAGUACAGCUGUAAGGGUUAAACGUUUUACUAUAUAAGCACGAUAAGGCUGAAGUAUGUCUAGUCAUAAAGAUAUACAGAUAAUACAUUGGAGUCAGUAUAUCUAGGUCUUUAGUCAACUUUCUUGCAGUAACAUAAUAAGCUUAUACAGACCCCUUGGAAUAAGUCCCAAGAGGAAUUGUUUUGGGGGACAUACAUGCAUAAGGAAAGACGGCCUAUUGUUUUG